CUGCAGACUCCGGCUGACACACACACGUCCAACCUCACACACACAUACACACACUUGACUUAAACUACGCACAACAGCACAGACACACAGAGGACCAGGGAGAAAUACUAUUUUCUGCAAUAUUACACUGUUCUGCCUGAAUGUGACGCGACAACACUGAACGACAACGCCAACCAUCUGAGGGUUGGCUGCAGUGAUGUCCAGAUCGCCAAAAUCAGCCUCGAGGUCUCGGAGCCGCACCAGGUCCCGGUCUAGAUCCCGCUCCAGCUCUCGCUCCAGGAGCCGCUCCAGAUCCCGAUCGAGGAAGCGCCACUACCGCUCUAGGUCUCGGUCAUGGUCAAGAUCUCGUUCUCCAUCUCACAACCGGGAGAAGAAAUACCCGAGGGGAUACCAGAACGGCCGUGAGUUCCGGGGCUACCACCGCGGCUUCCGGAGGCCGUACAACUUCAGGGGGCGGGGGCGGGGCUUCUUCCCACGUGGACGUUACCAGCGUGGCGGUGGGGGAGGUGGCUACAACAACAACAACAAUAACAACUUCCGCCCCAACUGGAAGAAUUGGAAGCAGCAGUACCCUCAAAAACAGCAGCAGCAACAACAGCAAAACCAGCAGCAGCAGCCAAACCAUGCACGAGGACGCUCUCACAACCUCCAGGAGCGCUCUGGAAGCCCCCCUCGUGGUCACUCUCACCACUCAGACCGAUCCUCCUCGCCUUUAUCCAGACACUCGCAGCAUUCUUCCUCUUCCUCACACUCCUCCUCUCCCAAAUGGAAGCCAGCCUUGUUGCUGACUAAUCCAAACUCCAAAGAUGUGAAAGACGAGCUUUCUGUCUCCAAUGAGGCCCAAAAGGGAGGAGGGGGAGAUGAGGAGCCAGCGGAGCCUGUCAGUGUGUUGGCAGGAGAUGCUAAAGAAAGCGGCUGCAGUGGGAAAGCUGAGGGGAACUGGCAAGGCCUGACGGACUGCAGCAGCAGUCCAAAGAGAGCCAGUAGCCUGGCAAGCUCUGCUGUUAUUGUUGGUCCGAACAACCAGUUUACCAACCAGUCUAGUCCUUCCCCUAAAAUCACAAAGGACAUCAGCAAUGGCGCCCCCUCCUGGAGGACGGUGGGUAGUUCACCCUCAACAAAAAAACCCUCUAAUGAAGGUCUAAAUCCAAUGCUCUCCAGCUUUGACUUCUUCUCCAACGAGGAAUACCUGGAUGGAGAUAAAACUGCCAUCUCCAUUGCCUUCAGACAGUUUUUGGAGGAGCAAAAUAAAAAAGCCAAAGCUUUGGAAAAUGGCAAGAAAACAGAUGCAAAUGAUGUGGAAAUGGAACAAGGGAAAGUGAAUGGCAGAGCAGCCAAGAAUAUUUCUGACCCAGUGUCAAGAAAAUACAACGACGACAAUGGUGAUGAAGUGUCUCUGAACAGCUUUCUGAAAGCUUCUCCCUUUCUGUCUGCUGACGGGGAGGAAGAGGAGGAGAUGAUAGUCAAGCCUCAUUCAAAGUCACUUCACAAAGACUGGCAAAAUGGGGAAGAGUCCUCUAAGACAAAGAUCAGGGUCACACACUCAGCCCGGGAGCUGUUUGAUGAAUGCUUUAGCAAAUGGCAAAAUGUGAGUUAUUCAAAGGCUGCUAGCUGUGACCUUGACUCCGCGGCAGAAGAUGUAUAUCUUAGUCGAAAGCAGGAUAGAGUAGCGGCAAUAUCUGCUGCCCUCGCUAAGAGGGAGAUGGCAGGAAAAUUUGAGGAACUGUCACCAGACAUGGCAGGUAAAGCCAGGAAGAUGACAAACUCUCCCUCUAUCCCAUCUCCUACACCACCACCAUGGAGGAACCCUGACGUAGAGCUCAGGGGAGAGGACACUCCUUUCAUGUCCUCACGAAAACAGGAACCAAAAGUAAAUGUCAGAAUGGAUUUCCUCGGAGAGAGGCUGAUGAGCUCUAAUAUUUUAGCUGAGGAGCGACAGUUGUCCCAGGAUCUUGUUCAGUCCUCAAAAAAGGAUCAGGAGUUUCGCUCUAUCUUUCAACAUGUUCAGGCUCCUCAGUUACAGAGGAGUCCCUCCGAGCUGUUUGCUCAACACAUAGUCACCAUCGUUCACCACAUUAAAGCUCAGCACUUUCCGUCCUCUGGAAUGACUCUAAACGAGCGGUUCACCAUGUACCAAAGACGAGCUGCAGAGAAGGAAUUGAUGAAGCCAAGAAAAAGCCCAGAGAUACACAGGAGAAUUGACGUUUCACCAAGAGCUUUUAAGAAACACUCUCAACUUUUUGAGGCGAUGAAAAGCUCAGAGGAUGGCACUUACAAGGAUGGCGUGGAUAAAAUAAAGGAGGAUCCAAUGGAUCUUCGUUUGGAUAUUGAACGCCGUAAGAAAUAUUCCAGCCAUGAGGGAGAUUGUAAUCGGGGAAAAGCUGUGGGAGAGUCCCCAGAUUCUAGUGGAGAGAGAUCUUUGGAGAAGUUCUCGAAAAGCCGAAAGAGAUCAAAGAAAGGUGAAAAGAAGCGCAGUCAUUCAAGUUCAUCUUCUUCCUCCUCGUCUUCUAAGUCCCAUAAAGAAGAUCAGCCCCAUGGCAAGUCUGAUCCCAAAGAAAAGGCCUUCGACAGAGCCAGACUGGGUCAAACAGAGUCAACAGGACCAGUCGAAGGAGGAAGGCGAGGAGGAUUUCAAGUCCGAAUACGUGGCCGGAGCUGGAACAGAGGCAAUAAUCAGGGAAACAGUUCACAUAGCAACCCCAUAGCAAACAUGGAAGUAGAACCAAAAAGUGAAGACUGGGACCCCGAGUUCACUCCCAAGAGCAGAAAAUACUACCUGCACGACGACAGAGAACGAGAAGCAGAGUGCAAGUGGUUUGACAACCGAGGGCGCGGACGUGGAAGCGCUUCGCGUGGAAGGGCUCGAUUUAUCAUCCGCAAAGCCACCGGAGGCCCCAACACCAACAGCCCCAAAUGGGCCCAUGACAAGUUCCAGAUCAACGGGGAGCAAGACAACGCUCAGGAAGAGGAGAGUCAACAGGACCAUAAAGAUGGAGGAAUGGAAGGGGAGAAGACUUGAGCAGUUAAGCAGUAUGCUGAAAAUCUUAAUUUUUCUUCUGUGCUUUUAAACAAUCUCACUUGGUGAUUCUACACAGCACAAUGGACUCUUUUAAGACCCUUUUAGACUUUAAUGUCAGCGUAAAGUACUGACUUAACUUUAAACAUAACUAUUUUCGACAUAAGGAUAGAACUCAUAUCUAGUAGAUGCACUGUUUAAGGUUGAAUUGAUGUUUCUCAUACAAAUGUGGAUUUAAGUUACAUAUUUUUAGCUUUUUAUGGUUAGAGGGGAAAAUGUUUCAUUGUUAGAAAAAGAAAAUUGUUUUUUGAGAAAGAAAAUCAUAUCCUAGAUAAAAUCAGCGUGUGCCUUAUACUUGUGCAACUGAAGACAUGUUUUGUGAGUGGGUAACAAGAUAAAUCAUUUAUAACUUUCUAGAAAAAGCAGGCUUUUGUUUUCAGCUGUGUCUUAUCUGGAUUUAAUUGCAGCAAUAAAAACAACGUAGGACAUGUUGAUAUAAUGCAACACUCUACAAAGACCCUGAUCUGACACGGGACCAAACUGUAAGGGGUCAAAGGUUAUGCUCUACUAUCCUUCUUUGUACAACACCCAACAGAUCAACACAACUAGCUGGUGUAGAUGUUUCUCAUUAAACAUUUUAACAUCAACAAAAUGCUCUUUGCUUCAUCGUGGAUAACACUUAUCAAUGUGUAGUAUUGGUGUUGAUUAUACUCUUUUCCCAAACGUGGAGUUUAACUUCUGUAAAGGAAUUCCCCUCUUUAUACUGAUGUGCUUUUCAUUUGUGGCUUUGAUACAAGCCAAUGAGGAUUUAAUCACUUAUGUAAGUUGUGUUCAACGGUGUCAAAAUUGUGGGGAAAACACUCAAAUUAGCCUCUGUUUAGAGUAAAAAAUGUUAGUUAUCAUCACUAAAUGACUUGAAGUCUAGAAUAAAGCUCAUCUGUGUGUGUAAAACUGCCAUUAUCAUUGAAUUACAUUUACAUUUAAGUGCCUUGCUGUGGAUCCGCUGGUCUUAUUUGUACAAUUCAGGCCACCAGAUUCACAUUUUACUGUUUUAAGUGUCGCCUGCGUUGAGAAUAUUGCUUUUUUAAAAAUAGAUGUUGAUAAUGUUUUUUCUUCUUGGAGACUGUAAAUUAAAGAGACACUGAUUACUUUAA